AUGGCGCUUCACGUCCCCAAGGCCCCGGGCUUUGCCCAGAUGCUCAAGGAGGGAGCGAAGCAUUUUUCAGGAUUAGAAGAGGCUGUGUACAGGAACAUACAGGCUUGCAAGGAGCUGGCCCAGACAACUCGCACAGCAUACGGACCAAAUGGAAUGAACAAAAUGGUUAUCAACCACCUGGAGAAGUUGUUUGUGACAAAUGAUGCAGCGACUAUUUUGAGAGAGCUAGAAGUACAACAUCCUGCUGCAAAAAUGAUUGUGAUGGCCUCUCACAUGCAAGAGCAGGAGGUUGGAGAUGGCACAAACUUUGUUCUGGUUUUUGCUGGAGCUCUUCUGGAAUUAGCUGAAGAGCUUCUCAGACUUGGCCUGUCAGUUUCAGAGGUCAUAGAAGGUUAUGAAAUAGCCUGCAAAAAAGCUCAUGAGAUUCUUCCUGACUUGGUAUGUUGUUCUGCAAAAAAUCUACGGGAUGUUGAUGAAGUGUCAUCUCUACUUCAUACCUCCGUAAUGAGUAAACAAUAUGGUAAUGAAGUAUUUCUGGCCAAGCUUAUAGCUCAGGCAUGUGUAUCCAUUUUUCCUGACUCUGGCCAUUUCAAUGUUGAUAACAUCAGAGUUUGUAAGAUUCUGGGCUCUGGUGUGCAUUCCUCUUCAGUAUUGCAUGGCAUGGUUUUUAAGAAGGAAACUGAAGGCGAUGUAACAUCUGUCAAAGAUGCAAAAAUAGCAGUGUACUCUUGUCCUUUUGAUGGCAUGAUAACAGAAACUAAGGGAACAGUGUUGAUAAAGAGUGCUGAAGAAUUGAUGAAUUUUAGUAAGGGAGAAGAAAAUCUCAUGGAUGCGCAAGUCAAAGCUAUUGCUGAUACUGGUGCAAAUGUCGUAGUAACGGGUGGCAGAGUGGCAGACAUGGCUCUUCACUAUGCAAACAAAUACAAUAUCAUGUUGGUGAGGCUGAACUCAAAGUGGGAUCUCAGAAGAUUAUGCAAAACAGUUGGUGCUACAGCUCUUCCUAGACUGAAUCCUCCUGUCCUUGAAGAAAUGGGACAUUGUGACAGUGUUUACCUGUCAGAGGUUGGAGAUACACAAGUGGUUGUAUUUAAGCAUGAAAAGGAAGAUGGUGCCAUUUCUACCAUAGUCCUUCGAGGCUCUACAGACAACCUGAUGGAUGAUAUAGAGAGGGCAGUAGAUGAUGGUGUUAAUACUUUCAAAGUUCUCACAAGGGAUAAACGUCUUGUACCUGGAGGUGGAGCAACAGAAAUUGAAUUAGCCAAACAGAUCACAUCAUAUGGAGAGACGUGUCCUGGACUUGAACAGUAUGCCAUUAAGAAGUUUGCGGAGGCAUUUGAAGCUAUUCCCCGGGCACUGGCAGAAAACUCUGGAGUUAAGGCCAGUGAAGUAAUCUCUAAACUCUAUGCAGUACAUCAAGAAGGAAAUAAAAACGUUGGAUUAGAUAUUGAGGCUGAAGUUCCUGCUGUAAAGGACAUGUUGGAAGCUGGUGUUCUAGAUACUUACCUGGGAAAAUACUGGGCUAUAAAACUGGCUACUAAUGCUGCCGUCACUGUUCUCAGAGUGGAUCAGAUCAUCAUGGCAAAACCAGCAGAUGGGCCCAAGCCUCCAAGUGGAAAGAAAGACUGGGAUGAUGACCAAAAUGACUGA